AUGGGCCCCAAGCGAGAGCUCAAGUUUGCCUUAGAAUAUUUCUGGGAUGGGAAGAGUAAUUCUGAGGAGUUGCAGAAGGUGGCGGUCGAUCUCAGGGCAUCCAUCUGGAAGCAGAUGGCUGAUGCUGGGAUCAAAUAUAUGCCAAGCAACACAUUCUCGUAUUACGAUCAAGUCCAUUUCAUUGUCCCUGAAUUGGGACCAGAUGUUUCAUUGUCCAUUUCAUCUCACAAGGCAGUGCACGAGUACAGGGAGGCUAAAGCUCUUGGAGUUGAAACUGUCCCAGUCCUUGUAAGCCCAGUUACAUACUUGCUGUUAUCAAAACCGGCAAAGGGUGUUGAUAAGUCAUUCUCUCUUCUGUCUUUGAUUGAUAAGAUACUUCCUAUAUACAAGGAAGUUGUGACUGAACUCAAGGCAGCCGGAGCUACCUGGAUUCAGUUUGAUGAGCCCACCCUUGUGAUGGAUCUUGACUCUCACAAAUUGCCAGCAUUUACUCAUGCAUAUUCCAAGCUAGAGCCAUCUCUUUUUGGCUUAAAUGUUGUCAUUGAGACAUACUUUGCUGAUCUUCCUGCCGAGGCUUACAAAACAAUCACUACUUUGAAGGGCAUAACUGGUUACGGAUUUGAUUUUGUUUGUGGGUCAAAGACCCUUGAUUUAAUUAAGGAUGGAUUCCCUUCAGGUAAAUAUCUUUUUGCUGGAGUGGUUGACGGAAGGAACAUUUGGGCUAAUGAUCUUGCUACUUCUCUCCAUACUUUGCAGGCUCUUGAGGGCAUAGUGGGAAAAGACUAG